GAUAUAUCCAUCUUUAUAUCUUCAUGUCAUAUAAUCAUUCGAUGAUCGUAUAAUCUGAAUAAUUUCCAGGCUGGUUUCUGAGUAAAAAUAGGCGACCAUGCUUGCAUCCGCUAGAGCUCUGCUUGCAGGACCCCUUACAAAGCGAGGCUCACCUUUCGGUCAGGUGGUGUGCAGAAGCAUCACAGCCAGGGUGCCCACACAGGAGGAUGACAUCCACGAAGACUUCAAGCCCAAAUUUAAGGCUGAGGCGGAGCCACGCAGUGCGCCCAGCGCUUUAGACCAGAUCAAGCAGGACAUCACAGAGAACGAUGUCUUCUUGUACAUGAAGGGUGUCCCAGAGGCACCGCAGUGCGGCUUCAGCAACAUGGCAUGCAGAAUCCUGGACGCCUAUGGUGUGAAAUUUGGGAGUAGGAACGUGCUGGCAGACCCCGCCAUCAGGGAAGCCAUUAAGGAGUACAGCAACUGGCCCACCAUUCCCCAGGUGUACAUCAAAGGGGACUUUGUGGGCGGCAGCGAUAUUCUCAUGGGCAUGCACCAGAGCGGGGAGCUGACAGAAGCGCUGGAGGGCGCCGAAAAGGCUUAGGCAGCGCAGCUCACACCGUAGUUGACCGCAAAAAGUUGAUCCAGUCUAGGAGGCUGGAUAUCCCAUGCGCCCAAGUCUUCUUCUGCGCUCUGUGGAAAUAGGCAAGAAGGGUUUUUUACAUGUGCUAUCUAGCAUUGCUCUGCAUGACACUUGAGAAUAACUUUCUGAAGAGACAGGCACCAGAUUGCCGAGAGCCACCCAUUGUGGAAGUUUCCGCUGAUGCAUGAAGGGAUGCAUAGGUAGCAACUUUGAUCAACUCAUGAGCAGGUGACUGCAGUGUCUAGGAAUUAUGUCAAGCCUGGAGUCGUGUAGGGGCUGAAUAACAUAUUUCUUGGUUACAUGACAUGCUCGUUGCUGCUAUGAUUUAGCACACUUCAGCAAGGAGCAUGGGUAUUCCCCAAUAUUGCAGGUCCGUCAGUUCGGCAAUCAGCUGACAUUGUGACUGAACCGUACUCU